AUGGAUUGUGGUGCAAGCUGAGCAAGCGGCAGAGUUAAGCAAUUGAAAUCAUCUUUUGACUCUCUUUUCCCUGACUUUAAACGCGUGGCCAUACAGUGAACUGGAUGCAAACCCUGCAACGAGAUCUCGAUCCGACAGACAGACAAGAACAUGAUUCCUCCCGAGUGAUGGAGACCUUCUCCACAAUCUCCGACAAUGCCGAGUACUACGAUUCUGCACGCGAGUGCAUGUGAGAAGAACGCAAGCGAGCUAGCACAAGCAAGGGAUCAGUCAAGCAGGCAAGCAAUCAAGCAAGCAGGCGUCCGAUUGACAAACCUCGUGGGAAAUGUGGAGCGACAAAUAAAAGAUAACUCCCAUGAAGGUAGCAGCAACAGCGGCAGAGGAUCAACAGCCAUCACAUAUCUUGCUUGGAAUCAAAAUUUUCACAAACAGUGCGGACACAGCUGGUGGUGGUACUGCCUUCCGCUGCACGGCUAGCUGGACUCGGAUCCACUCAAGCACUGCUCAACUCACUCUCGCACGGCUGGAAACCGAAGACGCGGAGUUGGAGCAGCCAGGUAGGACAAGCAAGACAGACCGAGAGAGCGGCCAGAGCGUAAACUGUAAAGGCGCAAUGUCAAAAAAGAAUUUUUCAUAUUCCCCAAGAAGCGUUUGGUACAAGAACAAUUCGAGCUGUUCAACCUCUCCUUUCAUCCCCGCAAGCAGCAGCCAAGCAUCGGCAGCUUUCAAGCUUUUGUAAGUGUCAAUCAAUCAAUCGGC